CCCGAGCCUGUCCAUCGUAGCAUCUCACGGUCACGUCGGCGACGCGCAUUUGGUGUGGCCCCCCAAUCAGGAUUGAACCCCCAACCCCCGCGCCUGUCAGCUCAUCCCACACAUUGCCUCAUAGACAUGGCUGUGGUUGCACAGCGUAGCCUGGCUGCUGCCUUUGGCCCGAGGAACCAUUGCGGACGAAAGACACACUGUUUGGCGAAAGUGCUGCGGCCCUCAGCACCCACGGCAUGUCGGCCCCAUACUCUGCACUACCUACCUUUUUUUCAUACGCAUACUUCACUGAGCGGGCGAGGGGCUUGAUAGUUAGGUGCAAUCAUAUACACGCGCGCUGAUACAAUCACCCCAAGUCCUCACACAUGUCCGGCAUUGAGAUCGCCGGCCUGGCCCUGGGCGUGCUGCCCAUUGUGCUCAAGUCAAUCGACGCGUACCGGGAUGGAAUCCGGCGCAUCUCUACGACGAUCCGCAAGCGCAAGUACGUUGAGAAGCUCGCGCGCGCGCUCCUGCUGCAGCAGCAGAUCCUCGAUGAGGUUGUCAAAUCGGUGCUCCUGGCGAGCGGGUGUGAGGACGUCUGUGCACUGGACGAGGACCCGCUGGCGUAUUUCGACCGCGACGACGUCAGAGAGCAGGUCGAAGAGUUCUUGGGGCCAAAGAACAACAUGAACCUAGUGGGGUUGCUGCAGUCCAACAAUAUGACUAUUGGGAAGGUGGCACGGCAGAUUGCUGGGUUGAUUCCAUCGGCAGCGGGAACUACAGAUAACCUCCUGGCCAUUAUCGAUGCGAACCAAACAAAAACAAACCUGAUCGACGAACUCGCACCUCGAAUCAAACUAUUAUGCGGAAUUACAGAGAUGAAAACCGCCAUCGAAGAUAUCGAUGCUGGAACCUCGGCCAUCGACCGCUUCUCGCGCCUCGUCCUCUCUAACCGACAGACAGUCCAGGCUAACACGUCGAGAAAGGCCGCAAAACUCGUCAAGUCCCUCGGCCGCGUGCGCACCAUGGCCAGCGGCCUCUACGUUGCACUAUCCGAGGGCUUCAGCGGCCACUGCCACGACAGGCAUGAGACGAGGCUGUAUCUGGACGACCGUGUCGACGGGGCCAAGGGCGUGGCCGCGCGCGAGGGUCGUCGCAUCGAAGACGCCAACAGGCCGCUCUUGACCUUCGACAUAGUCUUGGCCACCCAGAACCGCCAGGGUCGUAGGCAAUCGUACGAGACCAUCGUGCAGGUGUUCGGCGACGAAGAGGACGGGAUUAGUGUGGGUCGCACUGACGCAACCGCAGUCACUGCGACGAGCCAGGCGAACCUGCAGCCGCCGGGGGCCACGGAGCCUCGCCUGCGGUUCACAACAGAGACUUCAACGACAAGGAGCCCAUCUCCCUCACAUUUCCGCAUGAAGGUGACCCCGAUCGCCAGCAGUCUUUGCCACGUGAUAACAGAGGCACAAUGCUCUCGUAGACGGCUAUCAUUCGCCAUGGUCGGGAGCCAGUCGAUAGGGACGUUGAACGAAUCGCCCGAGGUCAUAUACACGGGGGACGAGUCAGGGACCAUCAAUGCUGUGUCCCUGGCCGAGGUGCUGCAAACGCCUGGUGUGCCACUGUCAUGGAAGCUGAGGAUGCUACUGGCUCUGAGACUCUCAUCGUGCCUGUUGCAGCUCACGCAAACACGCUGGCUGGAGCAGGGCUGGUCAAAGGAGGUGGUGCUUUUCCCGGCGACAAUCGCGGCAGCAAAGCCUGUCUCCCCCACCCAUGAAACGACAGCAUCAGUGGAUCUCACCAGGCCAUUUGUGGCCUGUGCCUUUGGCAGUGACUCCGGGGACGCCGGCAAAGGACCUAUGUCCUCUACCGUGGAGCCAAAGACGGCGCUCCUCGAGCUCGGCAUCUUGCUGCUCGAGAUCUGGCACAAGACGACGAUAGAGGCACGUUUCGGGCUCAAAGACGGCAAACCGGGAGCCGCCUCGAGCUAUUACGAGCGGAUGGCGCGGGCGGUGGAGUGGCUCGACGACACCGAGGAGCCCUUACCGGACUUGUACGACAAAGCGGUCGCGCACUGCCUACGGGUAAAUAUCGGGGGCGAUACCCGCUUUGUCGAGUGGGAGGACAAUAAGUUGUGGGGUGUCGUCUGCGAGAAUAUCAUCGAGCCCCUGGCAACGAUAUGUAGGCAAUGGACGGCUUAGUAAGUGGAAACGUAUCUCCAGAUGAUACAAAGGUCAAGGCAAGUUCGAAUUGAUAUGGUCUUAUCAGUUGACUGAGUAAGUAACGACGCAGCCACUUGGACAAAGAGGUUAUAUACUUUGAUGAAGUGCCUUGAGUACUUCUCGUCUCCCGACUCUUGGGAGGCGAAGCAGUACGUUUUGGCUAUUUCGGGGGCUGCUUGGACCCAGAAGCGGUCUUGGUCCUGCUGCGAUGUGGAGUCUUUUUAUAGCUUUGGCUUUGGCUUUGGCGUCUCAACGGCUAUCGUCGCGUUUCUCUUCCCCUUGUCGGCUUCAGAGGCAUGGCCACGUAGAUUUCGUCUUGGUCUCUUGUGUGCAGUUUCUUUGUCAUUGACGUAAUUUGGUUGUAAAUGUAACAUACCCAGGGAGGUUUUUUUUCAUUAUAUAAAUGUCGAGGGGAUAUUGCUUGUCCAUUUUUAUGAAAUUGCCUUUAAGA